GUGCACUGUAUGCCCAUGACAUAUUGAAUAUGCACUUUGUUACUGACUCCUGUUCAUAGUGUGCUAACAUUUGGAUGUUUAGCUUAAAUUAUCGUGAUGUUGGAUAUUCUGAAAUUUUCCAACCCAUUUGCUGACUUCGUAUAUAUCUGCAUCUCUUGUCUUCCCUAAACUUACUGAAAGGUUUGUCUAGUUGCAGAAAUUACUUUAAAGCUAUUUCGUGCACCGAGUAACAGAUUCCUGCCUCCCAGUUAAGUUUUUACCAACUUCGUUUUCGUGACGGUAUCAUUGUUUGUUCGUCCUAAUUUUGGUUGUGGCGGCAAUUCGCGUGGCUUUCUCCUUGUGCUUCCCAGAUGGCUGAUUUUAAUAAUCCCUUGAGGAAGUUCAAACUAGUGUUUUUAGGAGAGCAGAGUGUUGGGAAGACGUCACUUAUAACUCGAUUUAUGUACGAGACUUUUGAUAACCUUUACCAGGCCACUAUCGGUAUCGAUUUCUUGUCGAAGACUAUGUACCUCGAAGAUAGAACUAUCCGUCUACAACUUUGGGACACAGCCGGACAGGAGCGUUUUCGAAGCUUAAUUCCUAGUUACAUACGCGACUCGUCAGUUGCUGUCGUGGUUUAUGAUAUAUGCAAUGUUGAUUCCUUCCACCUAACUUCGAAAUGGAUAGAUGAUGUCAGGAAUGAACGCGGUAGUGACGUUAUAAUAAUGCUAGUUGGAAACAAAACAGACCUGUCAGAAAAAAGGAAGGUGACCACAGAAGAAGGUGAGCGGAAGGCUAACCAGCUCAAUGUUAUGUUUAUUGAAACGAGCGCCAAGGCUGGAUAUAAUGUCAAAGUUCUGUUUCGUCGGAUUGCAACAGAGCUACUGAACCGAGAGAACCCAGUUCCUCGCCAUGAUGACUAUAUUGAAUUGAAACCAAUGGAACCUCCUCAAGAGACUCAAUGGAAAACCUGUGGUUGUUAAUUACCUGAAUUCAUUUAAUCUCUCUCUCUUUAUUCGUCACUCUGAAAAAAUUGUUUGGCUGCGGAUGUUAUUUCAUCACCCCUAUACAUUCACAUACACAUGCCUAUUUAUAUAGCCUUAAUUGCCGCCGGCUGCCUUCAAGUUUAUCCGUCAACAGCUUCGGUGUUUCAUUUCAGCUAACUUAAUUUGUUAAAUUUGGCCUCUAAAUAUAUAUAUAUAUAUAUAUAU